GUUAUGUCUCGGCCCCGGCCGCGGCCGCAGCUGAUCCGCUGCUCUGGAGUCUACGGCCGCGGCCUCCGGAGGUGCCCGGGGUGUCGGGGACGGCGGCCGCGACCCGUGCCGUCCGUCUGAGCGGGGCGGGCGCUGCGUGGCCAGGAAGCAACCUAAUAGCCGCCAGGGGCAGCCGUCUUGGGGCCUAUUUUUGCUUUUUUCCCUCCGAGAUCGUCGCCCCGCGCGCCUGAUUUCCCUCUGCAGAGACCGCGACGCCCCCUCCUGGGCCGGCCGCGGUGCCCGCCCGCCUGAGAGGCGCCGCCCGCCCGCCGGCCGGAGCGAACCUGGAGCCGCCGCCGCCGCUGUGCCCGCCGCGCUUCUCGCGGAGCUUGGGCUGCCAGCAGGGCCUGGGGCCUGGGCGCCGGGCGGGGCGCUGCGGCGGCCGCCUCUCCUCGCGCCAGGCGCGCUGGGCCCCAGGCCUGGCCGGGCCGACCGCCGCGCCCUCCUGACCCGCCGCCGCGGGAGUCCGGCCCCAACCGCCUGCCCGACCCGCCGCCCCUCCGGCCUCGCCCUGCCGCCCGGACCCCGCUUCCUUUGUGGAUGUGAAAUAUUUUUUGGUCUCUCCCCCUGCCCCUUGAGAUUACGGUACCGGAGGGCCGCCCCCUGCUGCCUGGGUCAGUGUCCCCCGCCGGGGGAAAUGUCCCUCGUUUUGUUCUACUCCGCGGGCUCUCCCUUUCGGUGUUUAAUGGAUGGGAUUUUUUGACUUUUUCCCGUUUAUUUUUCUCGCCUCUUGACUGGAAGGCCGGGCGCGAGGCUCUGCGCCUCUGUCCCCCUCGUCUCUUCCUCACCCCCGCGCGGACACCCCAGUCACCUGUCUCCCGGCGGGGGAUGGCUGGCCAGUGACUGCGGCCGGGCCGGCCCGCGCGCGAACCCGGUGCCCUCGCCCAGGCCGCCGCCGUGAAGCCACACUCCCCUGCCCUCGACCCUCUUUCCCGCAUUCCGAGCCCUCUGGAAAGAGAGGGGACACUGGGGAAGAUGUGGCUGAAGCUUUUUUUCCUGCUCCUCUAUUUUCUGGUCCUGUUCGUCCUGGCCAGGUUUUUUGAGGCCGUUGUGUGGUAUGAAACUGGCAUCUUUGCCACCCAGCUGGUGGAUCCGGUGGCGCUGAGCUUCAAGAAGCUGAAGACCAUUUUGGAGUGCCGGGGGCUGGGCUACUCAGGACUGCCCGAGAAGAAGGAUGUCCGGGAGCUGGUGGAAAAGUCAGGUGACUUGAUGGAGGGUGAACUCUAUUCUGCUCUUAAGGAAGAAGAAGCAUCUGAAUCUGUGUCUAGUACAAAUUUCAGUGGUGAAAUGCAUUUCUAUGAGCUUGUAGAAGAUACAAAAGAUGGCAUCUGGCUGGUUCAGGUCAUAGCAAAUGACAGAAGUCCCUUGGUGGGUAAAAUUCACUGGGAGAAAAUGGUAAAAAAGGUGUCAAGAUUUGGAAUACGUACGGGCACAUUUAACUGUUCCAGCGAUCCCAGAUACUGCAGGAGAAGAGGCUGGGUACGAUCCACACUCAUUAUGUCAGUUCCGCAAACAAGUACUUCUAAAGGGAAAGUCAUGCUUAAAGAAUACAGUGGACGUAAGGUUGAAGUAGAGCACAUUUUUAAAUGGAUAACUGCUCAUGCAGCUUCUCGGAUCAAAACCAUUUAUAAUGCUGAGCAUUUGAAAGAAGAAUGGAAUAAAAGUGAUCAGUAUUGGGUAAAAAUAUACCUAUUUGCAAACCUUGACCAACCCCCAGCUUUCUUCUCUGCACUAAGUAUAAAAUUUACUGGAAGAGUUGAGUUUAUUUUUGUAAAUGUGGAAAACUGGGACAACAAGAGUUAUAUGACAGAUAUUGGUGUAUAUAACAUGCCAUCAUACAUACUUAGAACUCCUGAAGGAAUUUACAGAUAUGGAAACCACACAGGCGAAUUUAUAUCCCUUCAGGCCAUGGAUUCAUUUUUGCGCUCAUUACAACCUGAAGUAAAUGAUCUCUUUGUUUUGAGCUUGGUUCUAGUAAAUCUUAUGGCUUGGAUGGACUUAUUUAUUACACAGGGAGCUACCAUAAAGCGAUUUGUGGUUCUCAUAAGCACUUUAGGGACGUAUAAUUCUCUAUUAAUUAUUUCCUGGCUCCCUGUGUUGGGCUUUUUACAGCUCCCUUACUUAGAUAGCUUUUAUGAAUACAGCUUAAAGUUACUGAGAUACUCCAAUACAACCACACUGGCUUCGUGGGUAAGGGCAGACUGGAUGUUUUAUUCUUCACACCCAGCCCUGUUUCUCAGUACAUACCUUGGACAUGGUUUGCUAAUUGAUUACUUUGAGAAAAAGAGACGACGCAACAACAACAACAAUGAUGAAGUCAAUGCCAAUAACUUAGAAUGGUUAUCAAGUCUGUGGGACUGGUACACCAGCUACCUCUUCCACCCGAUUGCUUCUUUUCAGAACUUUCCUGUAGAAUCUGAUUGGGACGAAGACCCUGACUUAUUCUUGGAGCGGUUAGCUUUCCCUGACCUUUGGCUUCACCCUCUGAUACCAACUGAUUAUAUAAAAAAUUUACCAAUGUGGCGAUUUAAAUGUCUUGGAGUCCAGUCUGAAGAGGAAAUGUCAGAAGGUUCUCAAGAUAUUGAAAAUGAUUCAGACAGCGAGAACACAGACACUUUUAGCAGUGAGAAGGAAGCAUUUGAAGAUAAACAAAGCAUCCUUCACAAUUCUCCAGGAAAAGCAAGUCUCUGUGAUGAUGAGGCUUGUUCAUGUGCCAAUAAGUAUUGUCAGACCAGCCCAUAUGAAAGGAAGGGGAGGUCAUAUGGAUCAUAUAACACUAAUGAAGACAUGGAACCUGAUUGGUUAACUUGGCCUGCUGACAUGCUGCACUGUACUGAAUGUGUUGUUUGCCUAGAGAAUUUUGAAAAUGGAUGUUUGUUAAUGGGAUUGCCUUGUGGUCAUGUGUUUCAUCAGAAUUGCAUUGUGAUGUGGUUGGCUGGGGGUCGACACUGUUGCCCUGUUUGCCGGUGGCCUUCUUAUAAAAAAAAGCAGCCAUAUGCACAACACCAGCCCUUGUCAAAUGACGUCCCAUCUUAACCAUGUGCAAUUUGUCCUUUAUAAGCUUUGAGUAUCUUACAGCUUGCCUUUUUAAUGUUAGUCACAAUGUUUUUGUGGUUUGAAGUUUAGUUUAAUGUUAGUGCAGUGACAGGAAAUACACAUUAUGCUAAUGUUGAUGACAGAAUUUAUUUGGUUGCCUUGUGUGUCAAUUGAAUGCAUACUUAAUUGUAAAAAUUUUUAUUUACAACAUUGGAAAUUCAGAAGUUAAUGUUUUUUGUAAGCACAAAAGGAGUAUGAUAGAAAUUUAUCCUAGUAAGACUUUACAAGGUAGGAUCAAAUUCUGAUGGAAUUGAGCCGGUUUCUUAUCCUAAAUGUUUCCUCCCUUUUUACAAUCUCUGUCCAGCACCUAUUGGUUAAAUAAUGUAUGCUCUGAGACAUAAAAUUAAAACAGACCUAUGAAAUAAAUUAUUUUAAAACCAGAA